CAGGGGGGGGCUCCGCCAUGUACCGGCAGGGCCGGGCCGCCGCCGCCCGGCUCCGGGCAUGGCCCCCACCGGAGCGCUCCGCGCAUGCGCACAUGCACCCCCGCCGCUACCGAGCGCGGCCGCAGGACGUGGCGCCCCCCGGUGGCCGCCGCCCGGCGCUGCCGCGGCCGCUGUCGCUGUCCCCCCCCGAGGGCCUCGGCGGAGCCUUCACCACCGUGGACGGGAGACGUGAGGAUGACAUCGAUGUCCGGGACGGACCCGGAGCCUCCGUCCUGCUGCUGCUGCGGGGACCGGCCCUGCUGGGGCCGGCACCGGAGCCCCCCGACCGCCGGCCCCCGUCCAUGGAGGAGCACUUGGCUGUCAUGCACCAGAAGCUGCAGCACGAGCUCCCCAAUUUCUUCUUCAAGAUCCCCGAUUAUGGCCUCUACUCCCACGACGUGGAGUUCAUCAACCACCUCCUGCACAUGCACACGCGGGGCCGGCCCAUGUACCAGGUGGCCGUGGCGCUGUGCCGGGCGCUGGCCUGGGGCUACUUCGCCAGCCUGAGGCUGGAGGUGCUGGCGCUCACCCGGCACCCCGAGGACUGGAGCAUCCGGGCGCGAUGGAGGCUCACGGGGCUGCCCCUGCACCUCUGCGUGCUGCGCUUCUACCGGCGGGACAAGGCUGCCCUCCUGCGGUCCUACGAUGCCCUCUCCACCUUCUUCCUCAACUCACAGGGGCUCAUCCGCUGCCACCACGUGGACAAGCUGAUGCCGGCCCCGACGCCGCUGGCCCAGGACAAGAAGCUGUUGGUGGCUGCCGCGGUGGCCGCGCUCCCGGUGCCACCACCGGUGCCCCCCCUGCACCUCGCCAUGAAGCCCUCGGACACUCCGGGGGACCCCUGAACCCCCCAUUGUCCCCAUCACCCCCCCGGUGUCCCCUUAACUUAAUGUACAGAAUAAACACCAUGGAUGGAGCCGUG